UAAUAUAUAAUUGAAUAUACAAUUCUUUGGACUUUAUAAUGUGUUUAAGGAUUGGUAUAAUGUAGUUAUUGUUUAUACACUUAAAGUACUAUGAAAAGCUAAGUGAUUACUAUGCAAGAAGUAUCAGUUGUGUUGACCUUGAAAUUGUUAUGUACUUUGUCAGCAAUGCAUAUAUUGAAGGAAGAAUUGCUAGUGUCCUUUUUGCUUGAGUAUUUCUUUUAUUACAUGCAUCAAAACUUUUGUCAAUUUUAAAUGAAGCUUGAAUUAAUUAUACAUAAAUGAUAAAAUUGAAUAAUUAGAAAUUAAUUAAUAGGAAGUGUUAGGAUAUAUAAUUUUUAUGUGGACAAGUAUGAAACAUUAAACAUGUCUCAUGGCUGGAGGCAGGGGCAACAACAAGCAAAGUGGAAAUUUAGACAGAAUACAUCAAUGGCUCUAUUGCCAUCAGCUUUAUGCUUCUGUCAAGCUUGAACUUCCUUUGAGUAAAAUAUUUAAAAAACAUCAAUGUAAAGAAGAGAGCCGGAUCGUUACAAAAAGUCUUAGAGAUCUACAUGAUAACAUUUUGAGCAUAUUUACGGAUUCUUUGUAUUGUGAUUUUAAUAUAAUAUAUGGACAUAAUAUAAUACGAACAAACCAGUGUAUUAUUAAAACAAGGGCUCCACAUUUUUAUAAGGUUCUCAAGCCUUAUUUUAUGCGCAUUAACAAUCAUAUUGAUUGCAUCAUUGAUAAGCUGGAAAUUUUUCAACAUAUAGAAAGCUUUGUGAGACUGUUAUAUACCAAUUCAAAUUUAUCAAAAGCAGAACAAUCGCUGGUAGAAUAUAUUUUGAGCGACUCAAAACUUAUCGAUACAUCCUCUGCCAUUAAAAUAUCAGAUGCUAAUGAAAGAUAUGUGGACUACGCGUCAGCUGAUCGUCCCUUAACAAGCAUUAAAAGCACAAGAAAUGUAAGAGAAUAUGCUCCAGCGGAUGUAAGUCCCACUUUGUCCGAUAUGGCUGAUUCUGGUUUAGAAACUGGUUCUGUAAGUCCACACGAAAAUACGACAUCUGAGAAUUCGAGCACCGAUUUUGAAGAAUUGCAAGUCACGGAAUACAAUUCAACAAACGACGAUAUAGACAAGAUACGUGCUAGACGUGUAAACAAUAAAGAUCAGAAAUUAGUUAUCGAUAAUGAGCAUUACAAUUCGUCUAAUUAUAACAGCACGUGUCAUCUGAAGGAUUUGGUAGAGUCAGGAUUGAUGGAAUGCGCUUCUAACGAUCAUAGCGCGACAUGCUCUUCUUUUGAUGCGGAACAACCUCAAUUAGAUUCCUCUAGUUCAUCCACAGAAAAUGUUCCGAAAGCGAAACCGCAUACGGACGAAAUAUUUCAGUAUGAAAACCAAGUACUUAGCGAUCCAUUUUACGAAUCGGACUGUGGCAGUGAUGAAAAUGAAUCAUUUGAAUUUAUUGAUCUUGGCAAUGCAUCAUCCCUGAGUACCGAUGCAGAAAGAACGUCAGCGAAAGAAGAUUCUACUGAAAAAUUACAAGAUGAAAAUCUUUGUCAGUCCAAUUACUCCCAAGCUGAUAAUGCACAGUCAGAAAAUGUAAAUGAUGGAGCAUCUAAUGAUACAACCAAGCAGAAAAGUUCCUCCAAUACAAGCAAUUAUUAUUUCAUUGAUGCAUCGACGCUUAACGACGAAAUAGAGGUUCCAGCAUCGAACGUAGUUAAAAAUCAUUGUUUCGACGACAAACCGCAAUCGUAUACUUCUUACACCUUCAAAUAUGUUACAAGUAAAUCAAACGAUUUUGUUGACGAGCAGUGUUACAAAUUCACACCCCUUAAAGCGACUAACCUACAAACUGGACAUGAGAAAGUAGCAGAAUUUCAGAGGGAGUUGAAGCUUACAGAAUACCUGGAACCGCUCGCUGAUACGCAAAAAGUAAAAAGAACCGAUUCCAUAUCCGAGGAUAAGAUAAAUUUAAAUACGGAGACGAAUAAAGAAUCGUUGGUAGUAGAAAUUAAGGAAGCUGACAGCGGUGAAAGUGCGCAUCCUUCUCCUUGCCCUGACAAUAAUACAAAUAUAAACAACGACCGACAUGUUGCAUCGCGAACAAAUAACCCUAGUGACUCGGUCGCGGUGUAUACUGAAAAAGAAACAGACGAACAAACCAAUAAUAAUAAUAAUAAUAAUAAUAAUUCAGUGGAAGAUACUCGACGACCUUCUCUCAUUAGAAGGAACACAUUCGAGCUGGACUCGAAUGACGAAAAACUGUCGGUAUUGCGACAAGAAUACGAACGACGCCAAGGUAAUCUCGUUUUCCAGAAUGCUAUACCUCAGUAUUCUGGACACCGAGUCGACGGCGAUUCCUGUUUUAUUCCUCCAGAAGAACCAUCGAUUCCAAUGAACAGUAGUGUACUGAAGAAAUUCACCAUGGAGGUUCAAGUAUCAAGCGAUCCUCAAUAUCAUCCGGUACCGUAUCUGUCUUUAGAUAAUACAAAGUAUGAGAGCGAUCACACGCCACCAGAUGCUGAUUCCUUUUUGGAAAACAAACCCAAUACGGUAUAUCCUGUAACAAAGAGCGCCAGUGAUGAAAUAGUUAUCGAUCACCAUGCAGAGUUGGAUAAUGAUUCUAGCAACUGCAGUAACAGCUUGCCUGUUACCUUAAGUUACGCUAUAGAAAAUGAUAGAACGGAUACGAUGAAAAAAAUAAAAAGUAAAUGCGACGAGACAGCGCCAAUUAUUUCUGGAGGUGUCAGCACAUCGGACUAUUCAAAGCCUACCGAUAGUCCCACUGUGCGACGAAAAACAGAAUCCACCCCUAUCGUUUCUGGAGGUUCCGUGAUCAUGAACGAACCUGAUCUAAGAAUAAAACCAACGAGAAUGUCUUCCUCCAUGACCGCAUGGGUGGUUGACAUGAGCGACUGCAAUAAGAAUGAUCCUAAAUCGAGCAACGUUCAUACAGGAAUGUCUCAAAGUUUCUCCACUUCUGAAUGCAUGAAGAGACCUGCGAGAAAGAUAAGUAAUCAUGAUAAACACGGUAGUCUAGGUUUCUUUGUUAAUUUGAAAGACAUGGAUAAGAAACCAGCCGCAGAACAGAAUCAACCGACAGAGAAGAAGGAACAAAACGGAUGUAGUAAAUCUUACUGUGAAUUUUACGUUGACAUGUCCAACGCUACUGAAUCAUUGAAACUUAAAAAACCAGAGAUAGAAGAGCCUGCUGAUAAAUGCGAGAAAUCCAACGAAGGUAACGAUAAAAAGAAUAUUUUCUCUAUGUUCAUUGAUUUAAGCGAUCCGCCCAAGAAUCCAGAAAGCAAUGUGCAGCUUUCGCACAGGAGAAGUUUCUCUGCGUUCACCGAUAAACAGACAGAAGCAAAGUCGGACGAUUCUAAUUCCAGUAAAAAUAGCAGUAUCACCGCGAGGGAAGAUCAAUCGUCGACGGAACAAAAGUGUGUCAGAGAGAAAGCGAAACCGAGCGUUUUCAUGUAUAUAGAGUCUGAUUCUCCGGUGGUGAGAAGGAGGACCUUGUCGACGUCUCGGCCAGCGUUUAAACGACAUUCCUGGAACGUGGAUAAGACGCAGAGUGUUAAUAAUAAUGGUCAGGUUGCGAAGGAGUUGAUGUUUAGAAAGGAGCACAAACGGGCGCACAGUCUAUCCGUGGAUCGGGGAGACUUGAAGAAAUUCCAAGGGAAGCCUAAUUCGUCGACGAACUCUCUGAGCGACCAAACGAAACCAGAAUCUAUCCCGCAGAAGAAUCCGAAACUUCUUCAGGAAGGUAAUAAUGUGACCAACAUGGAUACAUCUUCGGAGGAUUGUUUCGAGUACGACGUAAGGGAUACACCGCCGAAUUCUCACGUUGAAAUAAUCAACGAAGAACUUCGUGUCAGUAUAAAGGAACACGAGUAUACCGAAUUAAAAACUGAACGAACUACGGAGAGUCUGAACGUAGGUGAUGUUAAAGCGUACGAGGACGAAUAUUCAGAAACUUCUGGAUGGGAGAAGACUUGUACAGAAAGUACCGAGGGACAAACGCGGAAGAGCGAAACGUUUGAUAUAAGUAGCGGCAGCGGGCCGUCACCUGAUAGCGAUAAUCAUGAUUACGAAUUGUCUGAAUUGUUGAACGGAGAAGUGCCAAACAUGGAUCGAUCUCAGGUAGUUCCUGCUGUAGGUAGUAAAAUAUCGGAGACCCAUAAAUCUUUGAACGAAACUAUUAAAAAGAUUGAAAGCGAAUUGAAGAAUCCGGAUUAUGUACAAACAGAGGCGACGUAUGAUAAUCAUAACGCGAUAUCAAAGAAAAGCGAAAGGGUUGCAGGGAAUAAUUUGAAGACUACGUCUUCGAACUUCGUUCGAUUGUCUGAUUUGGAUAAGACGCCUGUAGCAUCUCACAGCGCAGACAUUUUGUGUGUAAAAGAAGAUAGAAGCACCUAUCGAGUGCGCAACAAUAUUUCAGAGACUUCUUGGAUUGAAAAUAAAUUACUGAUUUCAAGGACCAAUGGAUCGGUAAGACCACCUCCCAGAAAAUUUCCAUCGAUCAUGAGUACCUCGUUACCGCCUAAGCAAAAAUCUCCUCUGGAAGAGUUAACAGGGGAGUACGAUGGGGAAGGAAUUAUAUCAGAGUCUGAUUUAAGCAGCAUGCAAAGCAGCAUGGGUCGUUCUGGUGCUGAAGGAAGCACAGAAGAAACUGAAACAUCCAGUUUAGCAGGGAGUAGACCAUAUAAUAGAUUAGGAGAAGACUUGCUAAGAAUGUUUUUAGAGGAAAUCAAUCCGGAUGUUACUAUAGAUGUAGCAGGUCGUCGUAUAAGAGCUCAUAAAUGUAUAUUAAGUUCUCGUUGUCAAUAUUUUGCGGCGAUUCUUAGCGGUGGAUGGAUCGAGAGUGCUGGAAAUGUUAUUUCUCUGCAAGGAUACUCUUACGAUGCUGUACAUUUUGCCCUGUGCCACAUCUAUAGUGGGGAAAGUAACAUACCAGAUUCUAUAAGUAUAGUUGAACUUGCUACGUUAGCUGACAUGUUAUGCUUGGAGGGUCUGAAAGAAAUUAUUGGAUAUACGCUUAAAGUUAAAUAUUGUCACUUGUUUCACAAGCCUUGCCAGAUAUGCGCCGUUGGUGUGUUAGAAUGUAUGCCUCUAGCAGCAGCUUACGGUCUUGACGAAGUUUACCGAAAAUCUCUUCGAUGGGUUACCAGACAUUUUGUACGAAUUUGGCCAUGUAAAGCAUUCGCGACGCUUCCAAAAGAACUCAUGGCAAAGUGUUACCAUCAACAUAUCGUGCAUAUGUCUACGGACAACGUACUUCAAACGAUGAUGGAUUGUGACAAACUGCUGGCGACCCUACCAAACGUGCGUUGGGCUGAACCGGUGUUCAGAAUGGUUUCAAAUUUAUUGGAAACGUCGGUGAAAUUUUUAUCGGACAAUUUCUCAGGAGUACUAGGAAACGAGAAUUUCCAAUCUCUUGGACGAGAAUUAACGUGGAACAUAAGUCGUUUAGAAGAUAACUUUUUAGCAGCAGCUGAACGCUUGCCGCCUGAUCAAGCUUGCAAAAGUUAUUCAAAAUUGCAUAAAAUGUUGGCCUCGGUGCAACAGGACGAAGCCCAAGAAAAAUUUAAAUGGGGCCCAUUAUUUAUUGAUUUUUUGAAAAAAAUUCAGAGCCGAGUAGAAAAAUGCUUGGUUAGAGACGCGGCACGAGCCGCAAGGACAACUACCUGGUUAAAAAUGGACUUGGAACUUCGACGUAGGAUACAGGAGUUGGCUUGCCUUGUAAUUUUACCACGCGAGACCAUAAAACGUCAACCAAAGAAUCCUAACUUUAUUAAAGAGCCAAGACCGACGUCCAGUCGUUCAAUGACGAAUAGAAGCUUAGAUUUGAAACGGGUAAAAAUGGUUAUAUCCGAGCAUAAUCACAAAACUUUGAAACAAAUGGCAGUGGUCCAGCAGCAACAGACAAAGAAAGUUUUUAACAAACCAAAAAGCGAUCCACUCGAACGUAAAAUGCAAAAUGAUAAACAAAUCACUACUACAGAAACAAAUCGACCAAAAUCGUGGCCCAAUAAAUUAGAGGUGAAAUCAAGGUAUCUGGAGCCUAGAAAUAAAUCUGUUCCUAAAGAAACUGUGCAACCCCCGCAACAAGAAAAGGUAAUGGUACAACAACGACGGAAAAUAAUGAUUUCAUCUUCAGAUUCAUCUCGAACGUCUAGUCCAGCAAUGAAACGUGCUACGGAUAAGAAACCAUUGGCCAAGAUAAAAUUGCCUAUAAAGAAGGACGUGAAAGCUCUUUCCUCGGAUAGUUUAACCGAAUCGAAUGCCACUAGAACAAACAAUAAUAAAAAAGAUUCUAUCAGUAAAAGUUGUGGCAUUACGCGUCCAGAAUCGCCGUCGUUCAAGCAAAAGAAUACAGAAAUAGGUUUAUCUGUAGAUUCGUUAGCAGAAUCUAAAAAUAAGCCUGCAGUUGUUAAGAAGAAAACCAACAAAAUGGACACUUCGAUGUCCACCGAUAGUUUGAUGACUGAAAUGACAACAACACCGAAAUCAAACACGUCAAAUAAACUGUCACCGACUUUGGGGAAAGCAGCGAACAAAGCACAAGUUUUUGAUAAAGGGGCAAAGAAAAGUUCACCGCCUACGCAACAAAGAAGUCCGUUAACGGCAUUGAGGAGACCACGAAAGUCCUUGGAAAGUUCAACUGCAGCUAGUAGAAGUAGGGCAGCAGCGAUAAGCGCUUAUCAUUUGCGAAGAAAUCUUUUGGAUGCUGCAAAGACCCCGGAUGUACCGAGUAAGUCAUUGAAUAACGUGUCGUAUAAAACUACAAGCACUCGGCCGGUUUCACAAUCCACGGUUAAUCACCCUAGCGUAACGAGAGAAAAGAAAGAAUCGGUAUUGAAUCAACAGGGUUCCGAGAGCCCUAGUAAAAGAUCUUCCCCUAAAUCGUCUGGCACUAAUAAAAUAAGUAAACCUACCGUCGUUAAUAAAAGAAUAACUGGUAAUAGUAAAGCAUCUUGCGAUGAGAAAUCUAAAAAUAAGUGCCAUAACGGGGAGGUCCCGAAACAACCUACGGUAGGUUCUAGAUCGGGAACCUUUUUGAAAGAUGAGCCCACAAUACUUAAGAAAGCGGAUAUUAAAUCUUCUCAAAUUAAUACUUAAAUACACAGACUGGUCGCUAUGUGUGUUUUUCUUCAUACAUCGCGCCAUUUAGCUUUACGAAUUAAAUAUAAAGAAAAAGAAACUAUCGUCUUUAACCGCAAAACGUGAUAAUUCAAACCGCGGACUCGUACUAUGUGUAAAAAUAGGAUUAUAUAUAAUUUUAAUUUAAAGCAGGUUGCAGUUGAUAUUAUUAAUAAUCAAAAGAAAAUAUAUUUGAAAUGCAUUUAUUAGAUUAUAGAAGAAAAAAAAAAAA